AUGUCAGAUCAAAGGCAAAGUUGUAAAGGACAUUUAAACAGCAUAAAAACAUGGGUAAAUCAUUUAAAAGUAAGACGUUUGUGCAGACAUUUUGUACUGCCGAAUACCAAACUACGAGAAUUUAUGAACCGGAUGACUUCCUGUAUUUAUGAAGGACUUGGUAAGGAAACUCAUUCAAAAGCAACAAUCAAAUGCUGGCAAACAUAUGUCCAAGACAUUCCUCAUGGUGAUGAAAAAGGAAAAUGCUUAGCUCUUGAUUUAGGUGGUUCAAAUUUCCGGGUACUCAAUUUAGAACUAGGACACAAUAAAUAUUUCAAAAUGAAGCAAGAGACAUACGAGUGUUCUAAGGCAUUGAUGAAUGGAUCAGGAACAAUAUUGUUUGACUACAUAGCCGAAUGCUUGAACACUUUUGUGACAGCACAAGGAUUAAAAAAGGAGACCAAGCUCCCUUUGGGUUUUACAUUUAGUUUUCCAAUGUAUCAAUCAAGCAUUAACUCGGCAAAACUUGUUAGAUGGACUAAAGGAUUCACGUGUGAAGGUGUAGUGGGUCAAGACAUCGUACACCUUUUGACAAAGUCAAUAAACAAAAUCCCAGGCCUAAAUAUACGGAUUUGUGCAAUUUUAAAUGACACUGUUGGCACUUUAAUGUCAUGUGCUUGGUUGAAUCCUAAAACGAGAAUUGGAUUGAUUAUUGGUACCGGUUGUAACUGUUGUUAUGUAGAACAAGUAAAAAAUAUCGAGUUAUAUAGUGGCGACCAAUCGAAACAAGAAAUGGUCAUCAAUCUAGAGUGGGGUGCAUUUGGUGACAAUAACGAACUUGAAGAUUUUCAUACUAAAUAUGACAAACUUAUUGAUGACAGUUCUGAAAAUCGAGGUCAGCAAAUUUUUGAAAAAAUGGUAUCUGGGAUGUACCUUGGAGAAUUGUUCAGAUUGGUUUUACUGGACAUGAUAAAAAAAGAAUUAAUAUUUGAUGGUUAUAAGCCAUCAAUUCUUAAUGAACCUCGAUCAGUGUCUAGUGAUGUGCUAUCCCUAAUUGAGAAUGAUCCACCUGGAACUUAUGCAAAUACUAGAAAGUUCCUUCAAAAAAUCGGUGUUGCCAAUCCUACAGAUGGCGACUGCAUGAAUGUAAGAUAUGCAACAGAGUGCAUUACAAAAAGGUCUGCAUAUUUAGUAGCAGCUGGUCUUUCAGCCAUAUUGAAUAAGAUAAACRAGAAAGAUGUGAUAAUUGGAGUUGAUGGAUCAGUGUACAGAUUCCACCCAUUUUAUCAUAAUUUGUUGAUGAGUAARAUUAGUGAAUUAGUAAAUAGUGGUAUAAAAUUUGGUAUUAUACUUUCUCAAGAUGGUAGUGGAAGAGGUGCAGCAGUCUUAGCGUCAGUUGUUUGUCCAGAAGAAUAA